AUGGUUUCAAUAUCAAUUCAUUAUUCUAUUUUCAUUCUUCUAAGUUUGACAGUAGUUAAUAUUAACGGUCAAACAUGCCAUGGUAAAUCUCAAUAUGAUUUAUGCUCAUCAAAUAAUGAAUGUGGAUGUUUACAAUUAUCAUUGUCUAAUAAUGUUGGUAUUUGUGCUAUUCUUGAUUUAAGUUGUUCACGAUUACAACCAUGUCAAGCACCAGGUGAUACUUGCGAAACAACUGAUCAUGUAUGUGUUCGUCAUCCUAGAUGUAAUUCAUCUCCUCUCUGUUAUCCAUUAUCGAUGAUUGAUCAACGAUUAUGUCCACCAUUCUCAACAUUUUCACCGUCAACAAUAACAACACCAACCUUUCUACCAACAUUAAUAACAACCGAAUUUGCACCGAUGUCUAUUCUUUCUAAUUAUUCUAAUGCAUUAACAAUCAAUAGUGCAACACUUCCAGGAUCAAAGAAAUACUAUAAAACAAUUAAUAUCAUUGUCAAUACAUCAGGUCUUUACACUUUCACAAGUAGAAGUAAUAUGGAUACUUUUGCUGCUCUUUUUAUGGAUGGAUUCGAUCCUUUGAAGAUAAGUUUAUACUUAGUUUCAUCUAUUAAUACAUUUGAUAGUAAUCGUCAAUUUAAAUUAUCACAUAACCUCAAAGCCGGCACUCCAUAUACUUUACUUGUUACAACACAUUAUUCUGAAGGUCAAACAGGAGAAUUUACAGUUAUUGCAUCUGGUCCAGAUCAUCUUCGACUUUUUUAA